UUUGCAGAAGAAAGCACGACCAGUUUUUUUUUUUGUUUUGUUUUAGUUGCUGUUUUCUGGCUCUGCCUGUGAUAACGAUGGUCAGAUUUCACAGAAUAGUGAUGCUAGUAUCUUAAGUACGUUACGCGUUUGCGAUGCGUAAUACUGAAGUCGGCGUUAGUAACGUCCCUGCAUUUAUAGUGAAACUAUGGAAGCUUGUCGAAGACGAGAAAUACAACAACCUAAUCAGCUGGAGCUCGACUGGACAGAGCUUCAUAAUACACAAUCAGACACAGUUUGCCAAGGAACUUCUGCCUCUCUACUUCAAGCACAACAACAUGGCAAGCUUAAUCAGGCAGCUAAACAUGUAUGGCUUUCACAAAGUGGCUAACAUAAACCAGGGUCUUAGAUCAGACCGAGAAGAAAUUGAAUUUUUCCAUAGCUGCUUCAUUCGGGGACAAGGAUGUCUGCUAGAAUACAUCAAACGAAAGGUGCCAUCUAGCCAGGCUGGAGCAGUUGUCCCUGAUGAUGCACGAGCACAGGACGUUCUCAAGGAGCUGCUUUCUGAUGCGGGCAGCAUGCAUGGUCGACAAGAGCAGAUGGACCAGCUGCUUGCACAGAUGAAAAAAGAAAAUGGGGCAUUAUGGCAGGAGGUGUCUCGUUUGCGCCAGAAGCACCUGAAGCAACAACAAAUAGUUGGAAAGCUUAUCCAUUUCCUAAUCACCAUGGUACAGGCCAACCGUAACAUCACUGUAAAGCGCAAGAUCCCACUCAUGCUUCAUGGCAGUGCUGGCACAGGCUCAAAGAUUCCUCGACUGGCCAAGAAUGCCUUUGUUGCCGACUACCAUGUCAGUUCACCUGCUGGCUCACAAGUGUCUGAUGGUCCUGUAAUUCGUGAUGUGACUGAUCUAAUGGAAGACCUUGGUGAAACGAGCGCCACUGCAAGUGACCUGAUGAGUCCUGCCCAGUCCCCGAAGGCAGUAGAAGAAUCAGCUCCUGUGACACCUGUUCGACUGAUUUCAUCAGCAGCCUUCAGUGGAUUGGAUUCUGGUUGCUUAGGGGCGAGUCUUUUGAAUGCCACAGAAGGAAUAGAACCUCUGUGCCUGCUUGACCCCCUUCAGGAUGAGGGUUCGUAUGUGCUGCCAUGUAGCAUUGAAGAAGUGGUUGUAGAUUCAUCUGACAACGGGCCUAGAGAACCAAUGGGGCCCUCUUCUAAAAGUCUAAUAGUGCCCAAUGAGAAGGCUCUUCAAGUUGUAGCAUCUGCCUCUACCACAGACAAGCAAGUCAUGUCUGUUAAUUCAAUUUCUGUAAAUAUUUCAAAAACAAACAAGACAGAGAUCAAUGAGGAAAAUUCAACGAUGCUGGGUCAUAAGCAGGCAUCCAGUGGUGCAUCAGAUCUGCUGAGCAAUGGCACCAUGCUGGAGGACAUUUCCAUGUUAGAGGGUGAUGUAGAGCCUCCUGCAACAGCCUCGCCAUUGGACCUGGCUGACCUUGCAAAGGAGGAGAGCUCCAAGCAUGAAAAGGAGAAAGCAGUUGCAGCUCGCAGUCCAGAAAUGCAGGUGGCAUUGCAUGACAAAGCUGCUGGUGCCACGAAGGUUUUCUCGGAGCAUAUAGAAUCAAUUGAUUCCGACCUGGAUUGGUUGCAAGAUCAGCUGCUGAGCGGAGGACUCAACUUGGACACUUCCACACUCAUGGGGGUAUGUCCUGACUGGAUGGGGCUUCUGUCAAAAGCCUCAAAGUUGUUUUCUCCUGAAGAUUUAUUGACAUCAUGCUUGGCGGACUUGGCAACUGAAAGCAGCUCUAUUUCAAAUGCCAUUGCUAAUGAGGUGGUGCAAUACACACCAAGCCACCUUGACCUCGGCACUGACGAUGACACCUCAUUUCGGCCUGUUAGUGAGCUCCUUUUGUCCAACAAUGAGCUCCCAAGCAGCUCAUCUAUUGCAGCUAAUGGUGAAUCUGCCCACAAGCCUGGAAGCUUAGUUGCUUCUGAGAAGAGUCUAAGCUUGCAGCCUGCAUCGCCAUUGUCCCUACAACCAGACAACACCAAACUGACCCAAACUGUGCCUCGGCUAAGUGGAAAGAAAAGAAGUAUGUUGGGCAAGAAGCGCCGUGGGAAUAGUAAAAAAUAAAAUGGACUGCAUCAUUGAAAGGGAAAGGAGCUUUGCAAACUGCAUACGUAUUGAACCCAGUCUCGUUAGUACCUUUACCCAGUUUGUCGUGUUUGUCUUUAUCAGCACAGGAUAUUAACUGCCUAGUGUAUUUGGCAUCAUUGCCUUCGGUUAUGACCAAUACGUCUUAUUAGUACCUUUACAUUCAAUAUUCGCAUGCAUUUUACAGGUAUGCUGUAGCUUAUUGUUUUGCAUAUUUAUGUUCCAUGUGUUGAAGAGUGUGUAGUUUUGAGCUAUACACAUAUAAUUAUUCUCUUUACAACAGUGAGAUUUCACCGCACCUUUUUUUGUUUUAGCUUGUGAUAACAUGAUAUCUAUGCCACCCUCCCACCCUUUGUCAUUUUUAAAAAAUAACUGUGUUCUGCAUCUUCUGCUCCUGUGUAACGUCUUGGUUAAACAAGAUUCACACACACUAAGUACAUUGUAAAACCAUCUCUGUAAGCAGUAGUAUUGGGAAAGAGUAUGGAAAAACAUUUCAAUUGAUUCUUUAUUACUCAUACUUUAAGGGGAGAUGCAAUUCGAAAAAUGCAAGUUUCUUUCUAAAUUACAUAUUUUUUGUUUUUAUUUGCUUUCUCAAGUUUCGUUUCUCUACUUUCACUACAGAAAAACUUACUAUUGUAAUCGAACUCAAAGUAGCUUAAAAUCGCUUUUAACCAUUUGAUUUGCUAUGUACACAGUUCUAUAUAGCAGUUAUUUCUGCUAUUUAUACUAACUAGAUGAUAAGAUAGAGCAAGAUAUAUUGAGCUUUGGAUUAAUUUAACAUCCCACAAAAUAGACAUUCAUUUAACUUCAUUUUGUAGCACAAUGUCAUAUAUGAUAACUUUUCUGGAGGCACUACCACGUUCAACUAGUUUUCUUAUGAGCCACUUUCUCUCGAGCCAUGUAAAAAGUAUGUGUUUUCUUUGCUCAAAAUGGACAUGACCAAAAAUUCAUUUGCUCCUUAAUUCUAGCCUGAGAUUUAACUAUAUUUAUGCUAAAGCAGAGCAUUAAUGACUUUGGGAUAAAUUGAUAUUUAAUUACAAUAUAAUUAGGAUUAGUUACUAUAAUCAUAUCUUGGCAAAACCUGUGCAGCUCACCCAGACUCACUCAUUUCACGCUUUGGACUCACUCGAACUUAGGCACAUCAAAAUUUUUCUGAGCUAGACUCACACUUGUAAAAAUAGCGAACUUCAAGCGAACUCACUCGGACUCACUCAGCCGUGCUGCUUAACCUGAGUCUGAGUGAAUUGACUCAUGAGCCUGUUAGCCUGGAAUUAGAAACCAAACUGUCAAUGGUCUUCAACACUAACAUCUUUGGUGCCGUUUCAUAGAGUACCUUUGAAUACGAGUUAUGAGUUCUUGCAAACCGGUUAGAUAAUUCUUCUCGGAAAAGAUUAUUACAUAACAUAUUUAUCAAAAACUUUCCUGGAAGAGCUUGCAGAGGCGGGGAAACAUCAAGGCACCACUUAUGCAAUUUAUGCAUCUGAUCAAUAAAUAUUGAAAUGGUAUAUGAACAGCACUACUUUCUAAUUUGUAUGAAUAGACGCGAGUAUAAACGUUAAUUCAGGUAAAGCUGAUAGUAAUGCUGAAGCUGAGUACCUUGGACUAUAGGUCGGCAGAAGAAUGUGGAAUUCACUCAAACUCACUAAGAAAAUAUAUCUUGCGCUUUGGACUCACUCGGGCUCAGACUCGGCAAAAUUCUCUUGGGCCGAACUCACUCGGCCUCACACUCACCCAAAUUAUUUUCAACUGAACUAACUCAGACUCGCGGCUUGAUCCAAGUCUGAGUGAGUUGACUCAUGAGUGAGCUCGCCGACCUACGACUAUACUGCAUAUAAAUUAACACAUUACGACACUGUUUUUGUUGACUAGUGAGUGCCUAGAAAUAAUGUUGUAUCGACUUGACACAUCUACAGAAAGUUCUUCAUAGGCAGCGUCUGCGAGGGUUAAAGAGCACAACGUGGGUACUGUGAACUAAAGCACUCAUUGUCUAGAGUCCUGUGGAAAUUGUCUUCUGGGUGCUUGCCAUUGCAUUUCGCUUGAGUUCAAUAAAGCCAUAUGCUCAAAAUAACCAUGAUUUCCAAGCUCUUAUAAUGGAAGAAAUCAUCCUAAAUGACAUACCUUUUCUGCAUCGAUGAGCUUUCACUUAUACCUUUAAAUUUCGUUUUUCUCACAAUUUUUGGGCAACUUAUUGAGUUCAUUCAUUAUGUUUUUGGUACUUACGAUAGCUCGACUGGGAUGAAAUUUCCCUCACAUAUUCCUUAACAUGAGAAGGGGGCUAGUAUCUCCAUUAAAACUUGAUAUGGCCUGUAUAAUUACCUAGCUAAAGCAAGCAAUUAGUAUGAGCUGAGGAUUCUAAUUCUCAAUUUACAAUUUUUCUUGUCCAUUAAAAUGUCUUCUAUGAUCUUUCUUGAUAGUUAUUUGUAUUCUACAGUUUAUGUCAAGUAAUGUGAGCCAUUAAUGGCUCAGAACAACAAAAGUUUACUGGUGUAAAAAGAUUGUCCAAAAUGAACUGUACUUUACACACGUAGCAUUAAACAAAAACUGUGCAACUUACUAUAAAAUUUAUGACAUGUUUGAAAUUGACAUAAAAGCCUGACAGCAAAAAUUUUAUUUACCUAGGCUACAGAUCAAACCAACAUUUUUUCUAUCGCAUCUCUUCUUAAAAUUUCCAGGUGGCUUGUGCAUGUCGACCAUUGUUGUGAUAAACCACAAAAAAUUAGAAAUGGCUAAAUAAAACUUUUUCUGUUAGCCAUG